UUGGGAAGGGUCCGACUCUAGAGUGCUAGUAGUCACCCGGCUCGGAGGAGUCGGAAGCGCGGGCGACCUGAGUGUGCGUCUGCCUGCCGGCGGACCCCUUUGCAGUGCCCUCGUUGGCUCAGCUACGAAUUGAGUCGUGGGCGAGCCGCUCUCAGCGUCCAGUCUGGAGAACAAGGUCGUUCGGGCACCGCCCGUGGGAGACGAGGGCAGAGGAACAAUCCUGGGUUCUGAACUUGUCAUCCAAGAAACUCAGGAGUUGACAGUCUCUGCGUCCCUCACCCCCCUGGGACAGGACCCAGCAUGUCUCAGGCCACCAAGAGGAAGCAUGUGGUGAAGGAGGUGCUGGGGGAGCACAUGGUGCCCUCUGACCAGCAGCAGAUUGUGAGGGUACUCAGGACCCCAGGGAACAAUCUGCAUGAGGUGGAGACAGCCCAGGGGCAGCGCUUCCUGGUGAGCAUGCCCUCCAAAUACCGUAAGAACAUCUGGAUCAAGAGAGGGGACUUCCUCAUUGUUGACCCUAUUGAAGAGGGAGAGAAAGUGAAGGCUGAGAUCUCCUUUGUGCUCUGCAAAGACCAUGUACGCUCUCUACAGAAGGAAGGGCUCUGGCCUGAGGCCUUUUCAGAAGUGGCUGAGAAACACAACAACAACAGGAACAGACAGACUCAGCCAGAACUCCCUGCAGAGCCACAGUCAUCAGGAGAAGAAUCCAGCUCUGAAGAUGAUUCUGAUCUCUUUGUUAACACCAACCGCAGACAAUAUUAUGAGAGCGAGGAGGAGAGCGAAGAGGAGGAGGCAGCCUGAGUCCCUGGACCCAUUUCUCCCCUUGCUCAGGGACGAGUACUUGGCUCCUCUGCGCUUGGACGUUCUCAGGGUGCUCUGCAGUUCUCUACCCCCUCCCCCUACACGGGGGACAAGGCAGGGCCCCUCUCUGAACUGAUCUUCUGCUCAAGGAGAAUUAAACCCCUGGUGGGUAAUGACUUGUGCUGGUGUCUGAGUGGCUCUUUGGAGGGAGGAGGGACUUGUGGUGAAGUUAAAAACUGCUCCUUGAUGGGUCCCCCGGGUGCAGGUCCUAAAUGGGUAAGAAAUGGAAAUGGCUGGAACCUUUCCUAGAUUCUCUCUCUCAUUGAGCACUCGUAAGCACCAGGGCCUGUGCUGUGCCUUCUGGCAUGUAUUUAAUAAUAACUGGGAGCAAUCCCUCCUGUAUUGCAUGCUUACAAUUAGUACUGACUCAGCCAUUGAGGAACACAGCUCUAGGACCUAGUGCCCCCUGCCUCUAAGAGACACUCAGGUUGAAUUUCAUAGUGCCUCGUAAGCUGCUUUUCCUGGCUUUCUAGUCACUGUGACUAUAGGAGUGCCCACCUCCUUAACUGCUGUGUAUGUCCUCUGAUCAGUGGCUUUUCUGUGGCUACUCAGACAUCACUCCCCAGCUCUCUUGCAAAUUGUCAUCCCUCUUUAAGCUUUUACCUCUGGCUGUGUACUCCUUCUCCAUUGUUGACAUUGAUCUUCUAAUCACCGUUCAGAUUUUGAACACUUUAACUCCUGGCUUAGUCUUCCACCCCUGUUUCCACCACCAUUUUCUCCACCCCAUGGAUGGGCCUAUUCAGUCUCAUUGGUGCCUACCUCAUUGAUCACUCCUUGCACCCCUGAUGUUGAUAGGAGUUGCCACUCCUCUUGAAUUCAAAUAUCUGUAAAAUCACCACCUCCUGGUUUUCGUGCUUACCUGCUCAACUCCCUUCUCUGUAUCCUCAACCACAACCACCCCCUCCCCCGCCCCAACACACAUUCUUACCAUUAUUUUCCUAUCUUCACUUCCCUUCCUUGUGCAACAUCGAUUCCACCUACACCUUCCACUCGCUUGUCUCCCUGCUGGUUCAUCUAGUAAGAUCUAACCCUGGCUAACCCAGCUAUUCACUUCUGUGCCUGUGUUCAAGUAAAUGCUAGAGAAAACAGCCAACCUAACUCACUAGUUUUACCUUAAAUUCAUAAUUACAAACCUCAGGUGGAUGCUCAGCACUGCCUAGCAGAUCUCUGGGAUGUUUUACUUCAAAACUUGUAUGUUGUCUACCAAUUCCCCCUUCCCCUGUUAUGACCACAUACUUCAUUAUGUGUCCUCAUUACCCACCCUACAAAUGUGCUCAUGGAUUGUCCUUUAACUUCCCCCCAUGUAAUCCAGUGGGACUUAAAACUUUUCUCUUGUGCCCUGGAGCUUAUCGUCUUGUUUAAGGACUUUAUGUGAGUUUUGUUUUUUGCCAUCCUCUCUACUGGAUAUGUUAGUGGCAGAGGUGCUAUAGAAUCUCCUGUCUGAAACAAUCUGAAAAGCCUGUCACUGUUUCCACAUCAUCUCCAGCUACUGGUUCAUUUAUCUGUUCCUUGCUCACUUUACCUUAUUUUAUCUUAGUGGAGCUUUAAAUAUAUACAUGUCUAUAUAUUUGUAUGUAUGUGUAUAUAUACAAAAAAUAAACUUCAGAUGAGUUAAGGAUA